GCUCGAUGACGUAGGCACGGCGAAUUUUCACGAAGGUUACAGAACAGGAACAGUUGCGUCAGAAAACUGCGCACUCGGAUCUGAAAGGUGAACGAUAAACGCUUCUCUGCUGGUGAACCUUAAACCCAGUCAGAUCAUGUUGGUGGCGAGGCUGGCGAGCCUCCGGGCCGUUCCUCUCUCUGGGCUGCGUCCCGUUUUCACUCAGAGUUUUCCCGCGCUCAGGACUUCCUGUCUGAAGCCCGCUGCCCCCCUGCUCCGACAACAACAGGGUUUGUCGACCAAGUCAAGGUUUGGUUUCAGGAAAGGUCGAUCGGCCAGAGAGACGCUCAAAGAGGCGGCGUUUGGGCCUGUUUCAGAGACCGCCAUCAAAAUCGACAGCACAGGGAGGCUGAUCCUGGCCGGAGGAGCUGCAGUGGGUUUGGGAGCUCUGUGUUAUUAUGGACUGGGAAUGUCCAACGAGAUCGGGGCCAUCGAGAAAGCUGUGAUCUGGCCUCAGUACGUGAAGGACCGGAUCCACUCCACGUACAUGUAUUUUGCCGGGAGUGUGGGUCUGACGGCUCUGUCUGCUGUGGCUGUGAGCAGGACGCCCGCUCUGCUCGGCCUCAUGAUGAGGGGCUCCUGGCUGGCGAUCGGGGCGACCUUUGCGGCCAUGAUUGGAGCCGGGAUGUUGGUGAGGUCCAUUUCUUAUGAGCACAGCCCGAUGCCCAAACACUUGGCCUGGAUGCUCCACGCAGGCGUGAUGGGGGCAGUGAUCGCUCCUCUGACUCUCCUGGGCGGUCCCCUGAUGAUGCGUGCCGCCUGGUACACGGCGGGCAUCGUGGGCGGACUCUCCACCGUCGCCAUGUGUGCGCCCAGCGAGAAGUUCCUGUACAUGGGAGGGCCUCUGGCGGUCGGGUUCGGAGUCGUCUUCGCUUCUUCCAUCGGCUCGAUGUUCCUGCCCCCCACCUCUGCCCUGGGCGCGGGGCUGUACUCUGUGGCCGUGUACGGGGGCCUGGUGCUCUUCAGUCUGUUCCUGUUGUACGACACUCAGAAGGUGAUAAAGAGAGCAGAGACACACCCCCCGCCGCACUACUACGGAGUCCAGAAGUACGACCCCAUCAACGCGUGUAUGGGGAUCUACAUGGACACUCUGAACAUCUUCAUGAGGCUCGUGAUGAUUCUGGCGAACGGAGGAGGAGGAAAAAGGAAGUAAAAAUACAAGAAAUACAACUUGGGCUGCGUCUCAAUUCUCUCUCUCUCUCCUCGCUUCCUUCUCCUCGAUCCUCUGUUCUCUGGAUUUCCUCACCCAUUUCCCGCAGAAUCGAGGAGAAGGAAUCGAGGAAAGAGAAAUUAAAAGUGGCCGUAAAUUCACUUUAACAGAGCUACACCACCUUCUCUUCUCUAACUCCAAAAUAAUAAAUACAUUCUAUCUCUGCAAAUGAGAAAUGGAGAACGGACUGGUUUAGGGGACAAUAUCAUUCACAAGCACUUCUUCUUAAGGAUUCUUGGUUUAAAAAAUGGUUGAAAAUGCUGAAAGUUAAUGUAAUUUAGCUUGUUUUAUAUUUAUUUUAAAGCUGCAGUGUGUAGCUUUUGGGUUUGGUGAUCCGUCAGCUGCUUUUUUUCUGUGGAUAUGUCAUUGCUGUGCCUGGAAAGUUCCGCAGUGUGGCAUUAAACAGCUCGUUUAUUUAAUGACAGGUGGUUUUAUCGCUCAAAAAUACGUCGAAAAACAGAUCUGACCUGUAACUUGGUCUGGUUUAAAGCCACACUGUGGAACAUUCCAGGCAAAACAAUAAAAUCUCCAUGGGGAAAAAGCAUUUGACGGACCCUCCCACCAGAAAAGUUACACAGUGCAGCUUUAACUUUAGCAGAAAUAACUCGUCAUAGCUCAUAACUGAAGGUCGUGAGUGGGUGAAAUGUCUGACUCCGACUGUUGUGGGUGAAAGAAAAGAUGUUUGUUCAUGUGUUAAUGAAAAAUAUAAUAAUUUCACAAAUAAAAUCUAAAAAA